GAGACUGUGGCGAUGUCUGGAAGAGGAAAGGGCGGUGGCGGUAAAGCUCGCGCGAAGGCGAAGUCCCGGUCGUCCCGGGCUGGGCUGCAGUUCCCGGUGGGCCGUGUUCACAGGCUCCUGAGAAAGGGUAACUAUGCUGAGCGUGUGGGUGCCGGAGCGCCGGUCUAUCUGGCUGCGGUGCUCGAGUACCUGACGGCUGAAAUCCUCGAGCUGGCCGGUAACGCGGCCCGGGACAACAAGAAGACCCGCAUCAUCCCCAGGCACCUCCAGCUGGCCGUGCGCAACGACGAGGAGCUCAACAAGCUGCUGGGAGGGGUGACCAUCGCUCAGGGCGGGGUGCUGCCUAAUAUCCAGGCCGUGCUGCUGCCCAAGAAAACCGCCGCUGGGGGCGCCACUAAAAAGUGAAGAGACCGUUCUUUAACCUGACAACCCAAAGGCUCUUUUCAGAGCCACUCCCAACAUCAGUGAAAAGCAGCUAGACUGUCACUGCUGGUUGAUCAAUUUUCAUUUUGUGUGCUGACAUGGGAUUCUAAAUGCGCAAACUUAAUUCCUUUUUGUUUUUGCUUUAAGCGAGUUAAAACUGGAGCAGCUACGGGACAGGACGAAUAAAGUUUGAGGUUUUACUGUCGGGACAGCGACUUUAAAUAAUAACUCAAAGCGGUAUCCCCAUCAAUACGCUGACAGGGAACAAAGGACGUGCAAGAAGUCCGCGCAACAAAGAGGCCAUUCGAUACGAAACCGACCCGCCUCAGAGGAUCGAAUGAAUACGGGAGUGGGAGAUUUGG